CUGUGAUGUUAUCCCCCAUAGCCAACAUCAUUAUAGAGGGGGAAUAUUCACCAACAGAAAAGCUUUAUAGUAGUGGGGUGUGCCACAAAUACCUGACAGGGAGCUUUUAUUUCGGCCUGGUACCAUAGUAUUCUUCCCCGCAUUCUCUACCAUCCAACGGCAACUUCCGAACAUCUCGACCACCCAUUUCACAUCCACCAGCCUACCACCUGAAUCAUCAGCCAUUAUCCAGGUCCACGUCUGAAAGUAUGGAGCACCCCCAAGCUGCAGAGGUUCUCGAUGCUACUAAAUGGCCAACAGCAAGGACGUUUAUUUCACGAUGCAGCGAGUUUUUGGCCGAGGUCCAGGACCUAACGCCUGGGAAAGCCCUCGAGAGUACACUAAACAAACACUACGGCCCGGGCAACCAAUUUUAUGAAGAUUUCUGUGCUUUGAUCAAACAAGGUCUCGAAGAGGGAUGGGUAGCCCAGACUGAGAUCGAAGGCCGGAAAUAUCGGCGGGGUAAAAUCGCCCUCCCCUCGGCCGAGACGAGGUAUUUCAGCAUCACGACGGUCUAUAUGAACAGCAAAGAAGAGUAUAAGGGCCAGUAUCACUCUCAUCCGUAUGGCGAGAUCAACUGCGUUAUCCAGCUAGAUCCAGACGCCGAACUGAGGGGAAUGCAAGGGUGGCAGGGUGCUGGCUGGACCUCUCCUGGGCCGGGUACACAUCAUUAUCCCGAAGUACGCAAGGGAGCCUUGGUUGCGCUCUUCUUCUUGCCCGCCGGUCGGAUUUCGUACAAUGCCGAGCCAGGUGCUCCGCAACCGAUCUCAGUGUGAUGGGUCAGCAUCACGCCCUUGAAAAGUCAAGCUCGAUGGUUUCGGGCCCCAUUGUUGGUUUGCGAACAGGCACUACUCCUGUUGAUUAUGAUUCUGUUGAGAUAUCAGUGAGAAGAGAAGGCUGGUUGAUAGUCCUGAGUGUUAACCGUGUAAGAGAGCAGUGGUCCAGAAGAGACUUUUGACCUAAUCCUGAACCUUGUAAUCUGCUACAUUGAUAACUAAUUAGCACGGCCACGGCCCAUCGUCGCGGUUACGUUACUCUAGCAUUGGUUGUGUGUUG